GACAUAACAAUACCUUAAAAAUGAGUGGAAGAGGAAAAGGAGGAAAGGGACUUGGCAAAGGAGGCGCCAAGCGUCACCGCAAAGUUCUCCGUGAUAACAUCCAGGGCAUCACCAAGCCCGCUAUCCGCCGUCUGGCUCGCCGCGGCGGAGUGAAGCGUAUCUCCGGUCUGAUCUACGAGGAGACCCGCGGGGUGCUGAAGGUCUUCCUGGAGAAUGUGAUCCGUGAUGCCGUCACCUACACCGAGCACGCCAAGAGGAAGACGGUGACCGCCAUGGAUGUGGUGUAUGCCCUGAAGAGGCAGGGCCGCACUCUGCCUACCUCGUCGGCCUUGCACACGGAUGCCGGAGAAACUACAAUGGCAAGAACCAAGCAGACCGCCCGUAAGUCCACCGGAGGCAAAGCCCCCAGGAAGCAGCUGGCCACCAAGGCUGCUCGUAAGAGCGCCCCGGCCACCGGCGGAGUGAAGAAGCCUCACCGUUACAGGCCCGGUACCGUGGCUCUGAGAGAGAUCCGCCGCUACCAGAAAUCCACCGAGCUGCUGAUCCGCAAGCUGCCCUUCCAGCGCCUGGUGAGAGAAAUCGCUCAGGACUUCAAGACCGACCUGCGCUUCCAGAGCUCCGCUGUCAUGGCUCUGCAGGAGUCCAGCGAGGCUUACCUGGUCGGCCUGUUCGAGGACACCAACCUGUGCGCCAUCCAUAAAAUGAGCGGAAGAGGAAAAGGAGGCAAGGGACUCGGCAAAGGAGGAGCCAAGCGUCACCGCAAAGUUCUCCGUGAUAACAUCCAGGGAAUCACCAAGCCCGCUAUCCGCCGUCUGGCUCGCCGCGGCGGAGUGAAGCGUAUCUCCGGUCUGAUCUACGAGGAGACCCGCGGGGUGCUGAAGGUCUUCCUGGAGAAUGUGAUCCGUGAUGCCGUCACCUACACCGAGCACGCCAAGAGGAAGACCGUGACCGCCAUGGAUGUGGUGUAUGCCCUCAAGAGGCAGGGCCGCACUCUGUACGGUUUCGGAGGUUAAAUACUCACCAUCUGACAACAAAAACAAAGGUCCUUUUAAGGGCCACCCAUAUCCUCAUAUUAGAGAGCUCAAUUCCCUCAUGAUACCGCAUUAGUGAGCACUAGAAGUUGAUGCAGGCGAGAGUAUUUUUUGUCUAUGAAAAGCAUGUUCAGGAUCAAAAUGUCAAUACAACUAAAAUAACAUCCCUUGCAAAUGAAAAUGUGGACAUAUACUGUAUAGAAAACUGCGAUUUGUGGUCAAAACUAGUGAUGGCG